UACUCGCUGCAGACGAUGGCUGUUAUAGUUGUUUCCUUUUUCUAUUCUCUUUUGGGUUCCUCUACUCGUUCAACUCUCUCUAAACUAAGUCCUUUUCCGAUCUUUCCUCUCUCUCUUGCUUACCCUCUCAGUUCUAGACGGCGAUUGCGCAUGGCGCAUACUGUUGCUCAGGCCACUCUUGGCCUUACUAAGCCUGCUCAUGUCGAGGUCCCCAAGAUCGAUUUUGCCGUGAAAGAGAUCGAUUUGGUGGAAUGGAAAGGAGACAUUCUUGCCGUCGGUGUCUCAGAGAAAGACAUGUCCAAGGAUGAGAACUGUAAAUUUGAGAACUCGAUUUUGAAAAAGUUGGAUACCCAUUUGGGUGGUCUGUUAGCCGAAGUAUCGGCGGAGGAGGAUUUCACUGGGAAAGCUGGGCAGUCAACGGUUCAUAGGCUUCCGGGUUUAGGUUCUAAGAGGAUCUGUUUGAUUGGGCUUGGCCAGUGCACCCCAUCCUCGUCUGCUAGUGUUUACAGGGGCCUUGGUGAGGCUGUUGCGGCUGCUGUCAAGACUGCCCAAGCAAGUAAUGUGGCUAUUACCCUUGCUUCCUCUGAAGGGCUCUCUGCUGAUUCAAAGCUUACUAUUGCUUCGGCGAUAACUUCGGGAACUGUGCUGGGAAUUUUCGAAGAUAUUAGAUUUAAGUCAGAGUCGAAGAAGGCUUCUUUGAAGUCGGUUGAUAUUAUUGGUCUGGGAUCUGGACCCGAAUUAGAGAAGCAUCUCAAGUACGCUGGUGAUGUUUGUUCUGGAGUAAUUUUUGGAAGAGAGCUCGUUAAUGCACCUCCUAAUGUACUUACCCCUGGUGUACUGGCUGAAGAGGCUUGCAAAAUUGCUUCCAUGCAUAGUGAUGUUCUUACUGCAAACAUAUUGGAUGUGGAGAAGUGCAAAGAGUUGAAAAUGGGUUCUUAUUUGGGUGUUGCUGCUGCUUCUGCUAAUCCUCCUCAUUUUAUCCAUUUAUGUUACAAACCUGUAACUGGGCCUGUCAAAGCCAAAUUGGGGUUAGUUGGAAAGGGUUUAACUUUUGACAGUGGUGGCUACAACAUCAAGACGGGACCAGGCUGCAUGAUUGAGCUCAUGAAAUUUGACAUGGGAGGUUCAGCAGCAGUUCUAGGUGCAGCAAAAGCUAUUGGUGAAAUCAAACCUCCAGGAGUAGAGGUACAUUUCAUUGUUGCAGCUUGUGAGAACAUGAUAAGUGGUACAGGAAUGAGACCUGGGGACAUCCUUACAGCUUCAAAUGGGAAAACAAUUGAGGUCAAUAAUACUGAUGCUGAAGGCAGACUUACCCUUGCAGAUGCAUUGGUUUAUGCUUGCAACCAAGGUGUAGAGAAGAUAGUCGAUCUGGCAACGUUGACUGGGGCUUGUAUAAUUGCACUUGGGCCCACUAUUGCAGGAGUCUUUACACCAAGUGAUGACCUGGCAAAGGAGGUUUUAGCUGCUUCAGAGGUUGCUGGGGAGAAGCUCUGGCGAAUGCCAUUGGAGGACAGCUAUUGGGAAUCCAUGAAAUCAGGGGUUGCUGAUAUGGUGAACACAGGCGGUCGUCCAGGUGGUUCUAUCACUGCUGCUCUCUUCUUGAAACAGUUUGUGGAUGAGAAAGUCCAAUGGAUGCAUAUCGACAUGGCUGGCCCUGUUUGGAAUGACAAGAAAAAGUGUGCAACUGGGUUUGGCGUUUCAACUCUGGUGGAAUGGGUUCUGAAGAACUCUGCUUAGCCUGGGUUAAAGAUCGCUAAUCCAGAUAUGUGUAUGGUUCAAAGGGGCAUGAGAAUGGUUCAAGUAAAAGAUGGAUGGAUUGGAAGAAUACGAGGAGAAAUCUUGGGAUAAUGGAUGGUGUGAUUUUGAGCUUACACUGAUAAAUAAUUGCUCUCAAUGUUCUUCAUGUAGCUGUCUAUUUUGAAACAUUUGAGCGUCUUUGCUCCUAUUUGGGAAUAAAAUUUUGGAGUGAAGGUUUU